ACUCUACCAGCCACAAAUAUUGGGACGACGCGAGCUCCGCCGAUUCGGAUGAGCAGCAGGUGGCUUUCCUUCACGCCAGAAGAAUCGUUAAAACCUCUUCCCUCCCACGCAGACCUCUGCUCGAUAUCGAGGCGUUUUUCUAUCGCGUAGGAGGGCUGGAGAAAAGCUCAAACUCAUGCAAUUUAGAGAUAUUAACUGUAGAUGUGAAUGUGUGCUACUUUGGGCUACUUCAGUUAUGUGAGCGGAAGGCAAGCAAAGGAAUUAACCAUACCGUGCAAGGACCGUUUUGAGGGAAACAAUUGAAGACGUUCCACCCAGACCAGAGAAGCUCUCCAUGACUGUAUCGUAUUCUGUGAAGAGAAAAAACAUCGUAAACAGGUUUCACAGGAAACCUGCCUCCUGGACCAGGUGCUGGAGCUGAUUAUGAAUGAGAAGCCCACCAACACCGCGAGCCUUUUCCUGAACGAGGACGCCGACAAGCCCUCCCUCCCUGAACGAGGCCUCUGGCGGUGGCUACAUAGGGCCAUGCAGAAGAGAGCGGCCAGUGCCAAGGACACGAUGAGCUCCAUAACUAAGGAGAGCGUCAAGGGCUUCCUGAGACGCAACCUCUUUGUCCUCCUCACCAUCGCAGCAGUGACUCUGGGUGUCAUGCUGGGUUUUGCCCUGCGGCCCCACAACCUGACCCUCAGGAAGAUCAAAUACUUUGCCUUCCCUGGAGAGCUGCUGAUGAGGAUGCUGCAGAUGCUGGUUCUGCCUCUCAUCAUCUCCAGCCUGGUCACAGGUAUUUCCUCUCUGGACAGCAAAGCGUCUGGGAAGAUGGGAAUGCGGGCUGUGGUUUAUUACAUGGUGACCACCCUCAUCGCGGUCUUCAUUGGCAUCGUCAUUGUGAUUGUCAUAAAACCAGGGAAAGGCCAUAGGGACAGUCCAGUGGCCUCUAGCGGUACCAUAGAGCCGGUACAAGCAGCUGACGCCUUCCUGGAUCUCAUCAGGAACAUGUUCCCACCAAAUUUGGUGGAAGCCUGUUUCAAGCAGUACAAAACAGUCUACAAGAAGACCAUCUACACCAAGAACGUGACCAUUACCCUCAACCUGACUGACGCCCUAAACGCUACAGAGGCUGCCUUGGCUGCUAACAUGAGCAGAGUCCUGCAGACCAUCCAGGAGACAGUGGUGGAGACGAUCCCAGUGUCUGGUUCCUCUAACGGGGUGAACGCCCUGGGUCUGGUGGUGUUCUCCAUGUGCUUCGGCCUGGUCAUCGGCAACAUGAAGCAGCAGGGACAGGCUCUCAGGGACUUCUUCGACUGCCUCAACGAAGCCAUCAUGCGCCUAGUGGCCAUCAUCAUCUGGUACGCUCCAGUGGGCAUCCUGUUCCUGAUAGCAGGUAAGAUCGUGGAGAUGAAGAAUCUGGCCGAGGUGGGAGGUCAGCUGGGGAUGUACACGGUGUCUGUCAUCGUGGGUCUGCUCAUCCAUGGCCUCUUCGUCCUGCCCCUAUUCUACUUCCUGGUCACCAGGAAGAACCCCUACACCUUCAUCGCUGGCCUGCUGCAGGCCCUCAUUACUGCCCUGGGGACGUCCUCUAGCUCUGCCACCCUGCCCAUCACCUUCCGCUGUCUGGAGGAGAACAACCAUGUGGACAAGAGAGUGACACGCUUCAUCCUGCCCGUGGGUGCCACCAUCAACAUGGAUGGCACUGCCCUCUACGAGGCUGUGGCCGCCAUCUUUAUUGCUCAGGUCAAUGACAUGGAACUCAACUUUGGCCAAAUCCUCACCAUCAGUAUCACAGCAACAGCUGCCAGCAUUGGAGCAGCAGGCAUCCCGCAGGCUGGUCUGGUUACCAUGGUGAUUGUAUUGACAUCGGUGGGACUGCCCACAGAGGACAUAACGCUGAUCAUUGCUGUGGACUGGUUCCUGGACCGACUGAGGACCACUACCAACGUGCUGGGGGACUCUCUGGGGGCGGGCAUCGUGGAGCACCUGUCUCGCCAGGAGUUGCAGAGCCAGGAUGUUGAGGUGGGCAACUCAGUGAUUGAAGAGAACGAAAAGCCCUACCAGCUCAUCUGCCAGGAGAACGACUCAGUGAAUCACCACAACAGUGAGACCCCCAUGUAGGGGUCAGGACAGGGGAAUUUAUAGGCCCAGUCUGAAAACAACCACUAGCCUCUACUGUACUUCUUCUUUUAGUCAACAUUGCUUGAUCUAAUAUUUAUAUAUUUCUUAAUUCCAUUAUUUUACUUUUAGAUUAGUGUGUAUUAUUGUCAGAUACUACUGCACUGUUGGAGCUAGGAACACAAGCACUUCGCCACACCCAUAAUAACAUCUGCUAAAUAUGUGUAUGUGACCAAAACAAUUUGAUUUGAUUUUCAGUGUUUGUAGAUAUGGAAGAACUGGAUACAGUAGAUGUAAACAAUAUGGGGGAAAGAUAUUGGAUGCCUAGGUUGAGCUAUCACCUAUCUGAUUAACUUCAGAUCUGCAAACACUCUAGGGAUAGUGGUUUGGCAUUGUUUUGACACUCUUAACCAUAUCACCAACUAUUUUGGUAAUUUAGUCCAAAUCUCAGUCCAUGGAUGCAUUGUCCACUCUAGAGGACACUGAUGAAAGAACUGGACAGGUGAAAUCACAUUUUCCAUAGAUAUCUAGCUCCCAUAUUGAUUUCACUUAUCCCAUGUUUUCAUAUCAGUAGAGAACACUUUAGACUGCUGUUGUGUACUCAGUAUCUGAUUCAUUUACAUGAACAAGAAAAUAAUUGCCAUUCAAUGACCUUUUUAAAUAUGUGAAUAAAUGGAAAAUCCAUUCCUAUCCUCA